CCCGCUGCCGGAAGUUGCCCGCCCCGCCCCGCCGCGCGCGGCCCGAGAUGGAGAGCGCCAGCGCUCUGCGCCGCGCCGGCAAUGAGGAGUUCCGCCGCGGGCAGUACGGGGCGGCCGCCGAGCUGUACAGCCGCGCGCUGGCGGUGCUGGAGGAUGCAGGGGAAGCCGCCGCCGAGGAGCGCAGCGUGCUGCUGGCCAACCGCGCCGCCUGCCAGCUGCGGGACGGCGCCUGCCGGGGCUGCAUCGCCGACUGCUGCGGCGCGCUCAGCCUGACCCCGUUCGCCAUCAAGCCCCUGCUCAGGAGGGCGGCUGCCUACGAGGCCCUGGAGAGCUUCACGCUGGCCUACGUGGACUACAAGACCGCGCUGCAGGUGGACUGCUCCAUACAGGCGGCCCACGAUGGGGUCAACAGGAUGACCAAAGCUCUGCUGGAAAAGCAUGGGGCGAACUGGCGCGAGAAGCUCCCACCCAUCCCCACGGUCCCCAUCGAUGCCCAGAAGAGAUGGAGCGUUCCUCCUGCAGGAGCCCCCACAGGAGGUGCUCCCCCUGGAAACACACCACGGGGAGACCCAGACCAGACCGCUGCUGCCAUAGAGAGGGCUCGAACUCUUAAGGAAGAAGGAAAUGAACUCGUGAAGAAAGGAAACCAUAAAAAAGCAAUUGAGAAGUACAGCGAGAGUUUAAAGCUCAACCAGGAAUGUGCAACUUACACCAACAGAGCUCUCUGUUACUUGACUCUGAAGCAACACAAGGAAGCAGUCCAGGACUGCGCAGAAGCUCUGCGAUUAGAUCCUAAAAACGUUAAGGCGUUCUACAGACGUGCUCAGGCACUUAAAGAACUGAAGGAUUACAAAUCAAGUAUUGCUGACAUCAACAGCUUGUUGAAAAUUGAACCAAAGAACACAGCUGCACUGAGACUACUGCAAGAAUUGAACAGAGCCUAGGGUAACCAAGCAACAAGGAAAGCUUUUUCUGCUGCAGAAGGAAUUUUCUCCCUUCUGAUGUUGCAGGGACCAAUCUUAAUGCAGGAUUGGUACUGAGAUCCAUCUUUAGUUGCUGCUGAGAUGUGACAUGUUCUGUGCCACCACAAUGAAUGUUAAGAUAAUAGUUGGAUACGGUUUGUGUAUCUGGCUCUGAGAUCAUGCAAAGUUUCCAUUCACUUCCUGAGAGAGAGGCAUAUGGGUGAACAUACCUGGCUGAAGCCAAUGUGCCUGUACUGCUGGCCUCAGGGACUUUAUCCACUCGGCCAAGAUGCAUGUGAAGUGGCUGCUUUUUCUGAAGAGUUACAAACUGAGAGUUUUUUCAGUCCUUAUUCAGAUGACAGUUUUGCUGCAUUUGUGCUGCUAUUAAGUAGGGUUGCUAAAGGGCUGCUGCAGGGAAUGCUGCAGUUCCUUGAGCACUGCAUACCACUCCUAGAACCAAGUCGUUGUUACUUGCACAGGGUUGAGCACGUUCCCUCUCCUACCUGAUGCCUGCUGGCCUUCAGCUGAGAUUCUGCUGCAUAGUGUGACUGGGCAGGUGUUUACAGCAGCAGCUUUCUUUUAUCUUUAAUUAUUCUGCACAUACAAGAAAACCACCAGCAACUUCAACCUCCCUGGGUGCACUGUGCACUACGGGCAGGUUAGAGGUGCUUGGGCAUUUUGCAGCUAUUUUUUCUCAUUGGUUUUUGUUUAAAGUUGAGCUUGUCUGUGCCUUCUGGAGCAGCUGCUACAGGGUGUUACAGGGACUGGGGGACUCAGACACAGCCCAGUUGAGUGCUGGCUUACUACUUCAAUGCAUGUUUAUACUUUGUUUUUUUUCUUAUGGUAUUGAUGGCACUGACUUAAUCUACCAUUUUAAGAGAUGGUUGGAGUUAUUCUAGGACCUGUUGGAACUGUUCACAUUAAAAUAAUGUUUAUUUUCA